UUGGGCUUCCCUGGCUCCCAACAAUUCUGCUGUAUCUUGUCUGCUACCUUCUUCCUCUUCUGAUCAGAGACAAUAACAGGAAACACGGUCGUCAUCAUGACUGUCUGUGUUCAUAAAUGUCUGCAGUCCCCCAUGUAUUUCUUCCUGGGCCACCUCUCUGUCCUAGAGAUCCUGACCACAUCCGUGGCCGUCCCCUUGAUGCUCUGGGGCUUGCUGCUCCUGGGAUGCAGGCAACAUCUAUGCCUGCCAGUGGGGCACAACUAUACUUGUCUUUCUUUGGGGUCGUCGGAGCUGGUGUUACUGGGGGCGAUGGCUGUGGACCGUUACGUGGCCGUCUGUAACCCUCUGAGGUACAGCAGCAUUAUGAGCAGCCACACCUGCAUCUGGGUGGUAACUGUGUCGUGGCUGUUUGGGUUCCUUUCUGAGAUCUGGCCCGUCUAUGCCACGUUUCAGCUGACCUUCUGCAUCAACGUGCUAGACCAUUUCUACUGUGACCAAGGGCAACUGCUCAGCCUAUCCUGUGAUGACAGCCUUUUCACAGAGUUUAUUCUGUUUUUAAUGGCCAUUUUCAUUAUCGUUGGUUCUUUGAGCCCUACAAUUGUCUCCUACACCUACAUCAUCUCCACCAUCCUCAUGAUCCCCUCAGUUGGCCGGAGGAAAGCCUUCUCUAUGUGUGCCUCUCACUUCACCGUUGUCGUGAUUGGUAUUAUUCUGCAAUAA